GUACACAGUGUAGCGCCAGGGUUUCAAGCGGCAAGUAUUCAAGCGGCCCUAGCUAUUUCUUUUGGCUUGGGAGAAGGCGUGAAUUACUUUGAGAUGACUUAAAUUGCUCUACAUCUCAGUGUUUUGUGCUUUCGGGUUUUGUAAUGUAUGCAGGUGGUUAGUUAGCAAGCUAGGCAAGAAAGUAACGUUAGCUUCCUUAAACGAAGCUGCGUUGCAUUCAGGACUGUCAGCGGUGCUGUUAGUCACCUCCAAAGCUUGGAAAAGCAAUGGGGGAUCAUAUGGUGGAUCUCAAUGCAAACCUGCCGUGUCAUUCAACUGGAGAUUCUCAGCUGGACAAAGCGAUAUACCAAUGGAUCACCUGGGAUAAGAACCCACGGACGAGGGCCCAGAUCGAGGCCCUGCUGAAGGAUGGGCGUCUGGAGGAGCUGCAGCGCAGGCUGUGCUCCAGGAUGUCCUUUGGGACAGCGGGACUGCGGGCGGCCAUGGGAGCUGGCUUUGCGCUCAUCAAUGACCUCACCGUCAUCCAGUCGACGCAGGGCAUGUACCGUUACCUGGCCAAGUACUUCCCUGACCUGGAUAGCAGAGGCCUAGUGGUUGGCUAUGAUACACGUGGACAGGAAGCCAGCAGCUGCAGCAGUGAACGACUCGCAAAGUUGACUGCUGCUGUCAUGCUUUGUAAAGAUAUCCCUGUGUAUCUCUUCUCUACUUACGUACCAACCCCCUUUGUGCCGUAUGCUGUGAAAAAGCUGAACGCAGCUGCAGGUGUGAUGAUCACAGCCUCACACAACCCUAAGGAGGACAAUGGAUACAAGGUCUACUGGGAGAAUGGGGCCCAGAUCUCGUCACCUCAUGACAAGGAGAUUCUCAAGUGUAUCGAGGAGAGUGUGGAGCCCUGGAGCGAGUCCUGGAAUGAGAACCUGCCCGAUCAUAGCCCCUUGAGAAGAGACCCCCUGGAGGACAUCUGCAGGUGUUACAUGGAGGAGCUGAAAUCAAUCUGUUUUCACAGAGAACUGAACAGCAAGACGCCGUUGAAGUUUGUGCACACUGCCUUCCACGGAGUCGGCCAUGAUUACGUCCAGCAAGCUUUCCGAGCGUUCGGCUUUCCUCCUCCCAUACCCGUGCCGGAGCAAAAAGAUCCAGAUCCAGAGUUCUCCACUGUCAGCUGCCCGAAUCCAGAGGAAGGAGAGUCAGUCCUGGAGCUCUCUCUUCGCCUGGCUGAGAAAGAGGGGGCCACUGUAGUGCUGGCAACGGAUCCUGAUGCCGAUCGCUUGGCUGUUGCAGAGCAGUGUGACAACUCUCGGUGGAGGGUAUUUACAGGCAAUGAGCUGGCCGCUCUGCUGGGCUGUUGGAUGCUAUUCAACUGGAGGGAGACACACACUGACCCAGCCGAUACCCAGAGGGUGUAUAUGCUGGCCACAACGGUGUCUUCCAAAAUCCUCCGGGCCAUCGCGCAAAUGGAAGGCUUCCAAUUUGAGGAAACAUUACCAGGCUUCAAGUGGAUUGGAAAUAAAAUCCAAGAAUUGGAAAAGAAAGGCAAAGCGGUGCUCUUUGCCUUUGAGGAGUCCAUAGGGUUCAUGUGCGGCAGCAUGGUCCGUGAUAAGGAUGGAGUGAGCGCAGCAGUUGUGGUAGCUGAAAUGGCAGCCUACCUCAACUUGAAAAAUCUCACUCUGAGCCAGCAGUUGGCUAACAUAUUUGAAACUUAUGGUUCACACAUUUCAACAACAUCCUACGUCAUCUGCCACGACCCACCUACUGUUAAGAGAAUAUUCACUCGUCUGCGUAACUGGGAAGGUGAGCCACAAUACCCAAAGUCCUGUGGGGGUUACAGCAUUUCAAACAUCAGAGAUGUGACCACAGGAUAUGACAGCAGCCAGCCCAACCUGAAGUGUGUGCUGCCUAUAACAAAGAACAGCCAAAUGGUGACCUUCAGCUUCCAGAAUGGGAUUGUGGCCACGCUGAGGACAAGUGGCACAGAGCCCAAGAUCAAGUACUACACAGAAUUUUGUGCACCCCCUGGGAAGAGGGACGUCUCCAGCAUGGAGGAGGAGCUGUGCAAGGUAACAGAUGCUCUCGUUGAAGAGUUCCUUGAACCACACAAGAACAACCUCAUAAAGCGAUCCAGCUAAGGGCAGAGGUGCCGGUGCAGUAACAGCUCAUUUUAUCAACCUGCUUUCAUUUCAUUUCCCUACCAAAAGCAUUUAAAUGACAAGUCCUCCUGAUGUUCCCGAUUACUGUGAAAUGUAGCGUUUGCUGUUUUGGUUUCUUUUCGUGUUGCAGUGAUUUAUCAUACAAAAGAGUUUUGCUGCGGAUUUAAAGUAUGUUCUAGCCUCCGUGUGUUGGGAUGAUUUCAUUUCUAGUAUGUGUCAUAGGAUUCAGUUUCAUGAAUCAGACCUGGUAUGCCACCACUUGAUUGCCAUGUCUUAAAAAUGACAGGGUUUGGACAAACUUUCUUAUUUGUUUGCAUAGAAAUAACUGAGGGGGCAGAUUGUGCUUUGGCUAACUGAACCAUUUGGAGUGCAGGACAUACAUACAAGGCAAACCUUUUUUUCGUUCAUGUUUUUUGCAACUUCAGACAUUGCCCACAGAGUCCCUUGGAAUAAAGAAAAAGUCACUGUUUCAUCUUGAAGCAAACACAUGCCUUUACUUUGAGUGUGUCUUUCCAAUACACUGCAGAGCCAAAACUGUAUACAUAUGUGUAAACCUGCAACAAAGCUUGCAAGUUUUUACUUGCAAGUUUUUGCCACAAAUUACAGCUUCAGUGGCAUCACAGACACUGAUGACCCGUUGCUAUGGAAGAACACUGACUGAUUGGUCUCUUUAAAAUGCUGUAGACAAUCUUCCAUCAUCUGGUAAUCGACCAAAGACAGUUUUACUGAGUAAUCAAAAAAGCCCAAAGUAGUCAAGAGGAGCCCUCUAGGACUGGGGUUUUGUGGGGUGUCACCGGUCUCAACCUUAUAUUUUCUGAAAUGGCUUUCAUUGUGAAGAGUUAGAAAAAACGCGAAAAAUAAAAAUCAUUUUAACU